GCCAAGAGGCGCGCUCUCUCCCCUGGCGGGCGCUUGCUGCAUCCCGCCAUUUCAGCGGGCGGCGAAGAGCACGGAGGCCUCCGGAGGGGGCGGGGCCUGCGGUUCCGCGGGCGGGGCGAGCUGCCUCUUAGCGCCCGGCCUCUUUCUCCCCGGGGCUCUGCGGCGGGAUGGAGGAGGCUCUGCGGCGCGAGCUGGGCACUUCGGCGCUCCGGCCUACGGGCCACUCGGGGGGCGGCUGCAUUAGCCACGGCGAGAGUUACCACACCGAUCACGGGCGCGUCUUCGUGAAAAGCAACUCCCGCGCAGAGGUGGGGGAAAGAACCGGAGGGGAAACGCACCGGCGGGUAGUAUUCCCGGUGGGGAAGGCGGAUGUGGGCGAUGGGGAGUGAAGUGCAAAGGGUCGAAUAAAAGCCGUGCUGCAAGAAGGCGAAUUGUUGUUUACUGCCCUUUUUCUGAAUAGCACUCCCAUGUUGUUUGCGUCUUUUUUUUGCAAAGUGGCCUGACAUAGGCGCAAAUGCACAGAGCGAGCUCGUAACCCGUGACAGUGACGCGACGACGAGGCUAUGUCCAUGAUUUACUUUUCCUGCCCGGCAGGCAGCUGUUUAAAAGCAAUGGUGUCGCGGCCGAAAGAAAGGAAGAAAGUGCCUGCGGACGAGCCAGAGUUGUGGUGCCCCUGGCUGUGUGUUCGUUGGCGAACUUGCUAAAGUCUGAGCUGGAGAGGGGUUUUCUCGCCAUCCAUCUCGUGGGCCCCGCCACUGCAGCGAAGUGGAAGUUUACUUUUGAGGAAGUGUCUUAACACAGGCACCCCCAAACUAGGCCCUCCAGAUGUUUUGGGGCUACAAUUCCCAUCAUCCCUGACCACUGGUCCUGUUAGCUAGGGAUGAUGCGGGUUGUAGCCCGAAAACAUCUGGAGGGCCGAGUUUGGGGAUGCCUGUCUAACAGGACAUAUUGGCAGGGUUUUAAUCUGAGCCAGGGCCUUAGGAGCCCAUUUAAAAAGCUGUGGUUUUGUCCACACCACGAAACCUGUGAAAUAGUAAAUGAGAGUGCCCAUGAUUGCAUGCAGGGUGCCUUGUUUCUGCUAGGAAAGUAGCUUGCAUAGGUAACAGGAUUUGUGCUAGGCAUUCUUUUUAUGCCAACUCUCCUGUUAGAAAAUGGCCACUUGUGAGGCAUGAUUGGCAGAGGUUUUGAUAGCUAGUGUUAACGAAGGAAUGAGCAGACAUGGCUUGGCAGUUUGCUACAUAAUAGCUGCUGUGUUGUGAAUUGUUCUCUGAUUCAGUGCUGAAAGGGCGGAUGUGCCCAGAAAGGGGCAAAUGUGCUGUGUAUGCAGGCUCCUAAGAUUAUUAUUUUUCUUUUAAAUCUGACAUGUGCUGGAAAGUUUUGUAUGUGAAAAUGUUUACAGAAGUCCCCAUCCCCUAUUUUAUCUGACAGGCAAGGAGAAUGUUUGAUGGAGAAAUGGCAAGUUUAACAGCUAUCCUGCAAACAAAAACUGUGAAAGUUCCUAAACCUAUAAAAGUUAUCGAUCUCCCAGCUGGUGGUACUCUGUUUGUGAUGGAGCAUUUGGAUAUGAGGAGUUUGAACAGGUAAUCUGUGUCUCAAUUUCUUGCUGUGAUUUACUUGCAUAUUCGAGGAGGAAAAUCAGUAUCAUGUAAACCACCUUGAAGGAAACAAGUUAAUACAAAUUAAUCAGAUUUACUAUUCAUUUAUGCAAUGAUGUGAACUAAAGUUGGGUAACAUUUUGGCCCAUAAGUGUUUUAUGAAGACUUCUAAAGAGGAGAAAGAGGACCCAAGUGUUUAUUCAAAAAUGUUAAAUUUAUUAUUGCUUUGCUUCAGUCUGAGCUGCAACCAGCAUGCUGCCAUGUAUUCUAAAUUGGGGUUGGGGUAUCUCCUUCGGCCUGACGGCUGCAUUCCAUUGUACUCAACUUUCCAGAGGUUGAAUGCCAGUGGUGACCGGGGACAGAAGCAAAAGUGGGUAGAACCAUGGAUAUGACGUUCAGGUUUGUGGCAUAGGCUAUGUGCUAGGCAUGCAAACUAGGCAUGCAUUUCUCACCUCUCCAUUUUUCCAGGUGGACAAGGGGCCUUAUCACAGUUCAAGGACUUUGCAGCCAGGCAAAAGCACAUUAGAGUGUGGAGCAGGCCCCGUGACGGUUGUGGACUGGGAAGGUGCAUGGCAGCAGAGUCCAAAUAGGGCCAAACAGAAAAGCCUGGAGAGCUGCAUUCUGCUCUAAAUAAUGAAGCUAUAACUUUGUCUGAGAUGGGAGCAUAGCUGUCAACAUUUCCCUUUUUUUAAGAGAAGUUCCCUUAUUCCGAAUAGGAUUCCUCGCAAGAAAAGGGAAAAGUUGACAGCUAUGGAUGGGAGGGUAAAUUACCCUGAUCUUACUGAACUUCCUUUAUGAACUUUGGUACAGACAACAUUUUCCAAGUUACUGUGUUUGCUCUUUAAUAUACUGUAUUUGUUGAGAUUUCAAUGUUAAUAUAUUAAUUAAUUAUGUAUGCAUUUACUUGUGUAUAGGAUCUUACUGACUUUGAAUGCAUAGAUUUACAGUCAAAGUGUGCCAUUAUAAUUUUCUUGGGAACUUUCCCAGUAGGUGAUUCUGUUGGACUGCUGGUAACAGCUUGACAGUCUUUUAAUCUUUUAUUUUGGAAUGGAAACUCAGAGUUGAUGCAAUAAAUCAAUUUUUAUUGUAAUCAAACAAAUCAGUUUGGUUAGAAAUUUAUCAGUUUGGAUAUAGAACCCAUAUUACUUCAAAGACACACACUCAAAGCCAAAUUGCACCUAAAUCCUCCAGAUCAGUUUGUCAUCACGGGACAUCUCACUGGACCAAAAUUCCUCCUCUAUUGUUGGCUGAGUUUCCAACAGGUCAAAAGUUUAUGCUAAUCGAUGCAACACAUAUUUCUUCUUUCAAGAACUCCAAACCUGGAGUUUUCAUAGUCACUUGCCCAAAGUCCAAGGUAACUUAACAGGCCACUAUAUGAUAAACAACCCCAUAUUUGGGCUUCCAUCACAUGCAACACUGAGGCUUAGUGUAAUAAGGGAUCAUAGUGUCUUGAAUGCAUGCAGUGAAUGUGUUGAGGUGCUGGAUGAGACAACCUCCUUUUUGUCCUUUAGAGAUAGGAACCUCUUAAAUUGGGGUUGGAUAAAACAUGUGCCCUCCCAGAUGCUGUUUCAUGGUGAACCAUCAAAUUUUUGUUGCUUUGUAAACGUUUCUUUUUUACACCACUAGACAUGCAGAAAAACUUGGAACACAGUUGGCCGAUCUUCAUCUUCACAAUCAAAAACUUGGGGAGAAGCUGAAGAAAGAUGCAAACACUGUUGGUAAAGUACCCAGCUGUCCGUGACUUGCCAAUGCCCCCAGCUGUUUUGCUCUAACUCUGUAGCAGAACCCCUAGAAACACUUCAUUGCAUGCAUAAAGAGAUAUUAAAAUGCCAACAAGCUGGGGCAAGUCAGCCCUCCCUGAAAAUUGCUCCUCAUGAAGUUGUUACAGUAAGUGUCACACUUUUAAACAAUAAAAAUAGGUGCUGCUACUGCGUACCCUUGAGUACCCCUUGGGGAAAAAAAUCACUGGGCAGCUGCAUUUGGCCCCCAGGCUUGAGGUUUGUCACCCCUGAUUCAGAUCAUGAUUUUGUCUCCAGUAGUAGCAACUGCAUACUUCUCAGAAUCUUACUUAAUUUGUUGUAGCUGAAAACUGAAAACAUAAAAACUUAGUAAGAGCUAUGUGUUUUAAGGUUUUUAAGAUUUGGGGGAGCAACCUUUAUGGUUCUCAUGCUAGUAGCAGCUGAGACCUGUGGGUAUAGGGUGGUAUAUAAAUUAAAUAAUAAUAAUUAAUAUUAAUAAUAAUACAGUGGUACCUUGGGUCACAGAUGCUUUAGGUUACAGACUCUGCUAACCCAGAAAUAGUACCUUGGGUUAAGAACUUUGCUUCAGGAUGAGAACAGAAAUUGUGUUGCGGCAGCUGGAAGCCCCAUUAGCUAAAGUGGUACCUCAGGUUAAGAACAGUUUCAGGUUAAGAACAGACCUCCAGAACGAAUUAAGUACUUAACCCAAGGUACCACUGUAAUAAUACAAGCAAGUCUAUUUAGAAUGGAGGUUUUUAAAUGAUAGCAUAAUAAAGUUUCCUGUUUUUAGAAAGUUAUUCUGUUCAGAACAGACAAUCACCACUUCUCUCUGUUUUAAUAGGUAAAGGUGAAGAACAAACUGGGGUCCAGUUUGUGGAAAAAUUCGGGUUCCACACUGUUACAUGUUGUGGCUAUCUUCCACAGGUAUGAUCUGGACUAAUGGCUCUUCCACACUGAGGAAAUCAUUUAGUUUUUUAGUUCACUUCUAAUUUUCCUUUAAUUGGGAAAUGCUGAAUAUGUUUGAAUAGGAGGACUUUUAAAUAUUAAUUCAGAGAACUGUAACUAGGUAUGAAGAUUCCAGGGCUACUGUCAUAACUUUUGGUAUUAGUAACCAAUCUUCACCUUUCAGCUAACACAACAGAAUAUGUUGGUGUUUACAGCUGCACCAGUGAAUGCCCCUGAAAACAACUGCUGUGCCUUAUGCAGCGUCAAGAGUUUGUGUUAGCAGUAGCUAAUAGCUAAUUAACACAGCAAGAGUCUUCUUUUUAUAUAUAAAAGUGUAUUAUUUCAUAUUUUUGUAAAGUGUGUAAAAGUCUGAAAGUCUCAUCCACAAACCAUUUAAAUCUGUUUCAGCACCAGAGAAGUAAAUAGGUCUAGAUGAGCCUCCAUACAAAUGGUAUGGCUUAAUUGGUUUAUGAAUUGCUUGUCUUAUUUCCAUUUUUCAUCAGAGGGCCUUUUUCUUUUCUUUUCUUCUUUUUUUUACUUUUACUAUGUUUUUCUCUCUCUCUCUCUCUAUAUAUAUAUAAAAUUAAGGAUUUUCUUGUUUUACAGAAGUAAGUGUAAUGCCUCGUAUUUUUUCCAUGUAACAUUUUUACAAACCCGUUUCAUUUGUUGAGACAUUAGGGGGAGAAGAAAAGAAAAAGAAAAAGGGGGGGGUGGAGGGAGGGAAGAUGGAUGAGAGUGGGGUAGGGUGGCGAUGUUUCUAUUAUGCUUAAUGUAUGUAGGGUUUGGUGUCAGUGUUGCUUGUGCUGUUCAUUUGUGUUCCUUUGGUGGUGAGAGAGUUGGGGUUAGCCUAGGGUGUGGUUGUUUGUUUGUGACUGGCUGUGGUGAUCUUUGUUUUCAUGUGUGAGUGGGGUGGGUGGGUGUUUUGGAUCAGAGGGCCUUUUUCAAGGCAUCUUCUCAUAGAGGCAAACUGGCUGAAACUUUGACUACUUGCUUGUUUAGGUGAAUGACUGGCAACAGGAUUGGGUGACUUUCUUUGCCAGGCAACGAAUUCAACCUCAGAUGGACAUGAUUGAGAAGAACUCUGGAGACAGGGAAGCAAGAGAACUUUGGGCAAAACUCCAGGUAACGAUGUCCCAUAGGGACCAUAGAGGGAAUUGUCACAUUCGUAGAAGUGGGGUUGUUCUCAUUGGGUAGAGUUUCUGUAAUACCUACACUGUCUGUGCAAAUGUCAUGAUCCUCUGCUCCCCAGAACCUAAUAAACUAGCGGAAAAGAGUCUUUUCACCCACAUGUCUCUGAGGUCUCUACUAAUUGUGGAAGAGCAAUACCGUAGCAGCAUUAAAGAGCCCUCACGUGAAAAAGACCAAAUAAUAUAUGAAGGGAGAGGAGGAGGAGCUAUUUGAAUAUACAAUAGUACAUUUUAAAAACAAUUAAAGACUAAAAUAAGCAUUCUGUUCAUUGAAAUAAACACUGAUAUGUGGCUAUAUAAUGUGAGAAGGAAUGUCUGAGAAUUUUUUAAAAUUUAAAUACAAAAGGCAUAAAAAUCUUCUCUAAGCCUUUUGAUAAAGUUGUACCUCAGAUAUCUGGUUUAAAUGCAAGCAAGACUCUGGAAAACCUUGUUACUUAAUUUUUGGAUGUGAUGUGCCCCCUACUGUUCAUGUUACUUUAAUUCGAAUCCUAUGCACCUAGGGGAUGGGACGCGGGUGGCGCUGUGGGUAAAACGUCAGCGCCUAGGACUUGCCGAUCGCAUGGUCGGCGGUUUGAAUCCCGGUGGCGGGGUGAGCUCCCGUUGUUCGGUCCCAGCUCCUGCCCACUUAGCAGUUCGAAAGCACCCUUAAGUGCAAGUAGAUAAAUAGGUACCGCUUUAUAGCGGGAAGGUAAACGGUGUUUCCGUGUGUUGCUCUGGUGCCGGUUCGCCGGAGCAGCGUCGUCACGCUGGCCACGUGACCCGGAAGUGUCUGCUGACAGCGCUGGCUCCCGGCCUCUAGAGUGAGAUGAGCGCACAACCCUAGAGUCUGUCAAGACUGGCCCGUACCUUUACCUUUACGCGCCUAGGGGACGCGGGUGGCACUGUGGGUUAAACCACAGAACCUAGGACUUGCCGAUCAGAAGGUCAGAAGUUCGAAUCCCUGCGAAUCCGAGCUCCCGUUGCUCAGUCCCUGCUCCUGCCAACCUAGCAGUUCGAAAGCACGUCAAAGUGCAAGUAGAUAAGUAGGUACCGCUCUGGCGGGAAGGUAAACGGUGUUCCCGUGCGCUGCUCUGGUUCGCCAGAAGCGGCUUAGUCAUGCUGGCCACAUGACCCGAAAGCUGUACGCCGGCUCCCUCGGCCAAUAAAGCGAGAUGAGCGCCGCAACCCCAGAGUCGGUCACGACUGGACCUAAUGGUCAGGGGUCCUUUACUAUGCAUCUAGGUCGUCCACACCCUAGGUUUGUCUCUUUUUCUCUAUACAGUAUCAGGAUUUGAUGUGUCUACUGCUUAAAGCCAAAAAUUAGAACACCCCGCCCUCUUACAAUUAACUUUAGCAACUCCUGCUUUCUUUUUCAGCUGAAGAUGCCCAGUUUGUUUGGCGAUAUGGAAAUAGUUCCUGCUCUUCUACAUGGGGAUCUGUGGGGAGGAAAUGUAGCUGAAGAGGACUCUGGGCCAGUUAUCUUUGACCCUGCAGCUUUCUAUGGUCACUCUGAGUAUGAGUUAGCAAUUGCUGGUAUGUUUGGUGGCUUCAGUGGUUCAUUUUAUUCUGCCUACCACAGCAAAAUCCCCAAAGCACCAGGGUUUGAUAAACGGCUCAAGCUGUACCAGCUAUUUCACUAUAUGAACCAUUGGAAUCAUUUUGGCGGAGGGUACAGAGGUUCAUCUAUCAAUAUAAUGAGGAAUUUGGUCAACUGAAUUCCUACCUGUAGCUUUUAUUUCCCUGUUUUGGAAAAUAUAUACACACCAUGGGGUUUCAACUGUGCUAAUGUGUAUAUGCUGUAAUAGAACCUGAGCUUGCACCCUCUUUCCACAGCUAAAGGCCAAGUCAUCCUGUGCCCUAGGUUUGGUGUCCUAUUCUUGCAGUUUAUCAGAGAGCUGCCAAGGAGGUAACAAACCUUUGAUUUGCACAAAAGAGGUUUUGUUUUGAGGUGGUUCCAUAGAUCUAGGGGAAAAUUCCUUCUGUGCAAAUAGUUUGGAAUAAAUUUUUAAUGCCAAAGAGAGGGAGAAAUCCAAGCAGGGCAUUAGAACAGGUAACAACUUGCUAGCUAUGUUCAUACAUAUACAUUCAAAGGAAAAUUUACAGUCUUAGUGAAUAGAAAGAUUUUUCUUGUCCUCCUACUUAGCUUUCAACCUAGUAUUUUGGUGACAGAUACCAAAGGAAUAUAGCAGCCGUGUUCUAAAUAGAACUGGAAUUGGAAAUAGAUUUGGAAGCAUAUAUUGAGUCUCUGGGGACUUCAUUCCAUGUGGGAAGAUAGAGGGUUGCAGUCUAGGUGCUGUCCUCCCCCCUCAUUAGCAUUGCAAGUUUGUCUUAGUACAUCUGUAGCAAUUGGACUGAACAGUCUGUAUGGACCACAGUUUAUGGUAACCUGCUUCCAUGCCAUUAAGUUUCAUCUAUCAGCCUCCAGCUAGAGUCCAUUGCUAGCCAGCAUGAUCUUGCCUCCUUGAAUAGUCUGCUGACUUAGAAUGUGGUUCCAGUCCCUGGUGAACUAGCUGUGCAUUUAUAGGCAUAUAUAGCUGUCUCAAACUUAGUUUCUUAUGGCAGCUUGCUAGACUCUCUGCCUUUUAAUUCAUUCCUUAAGAGUUUCCUAUGCUCCUCCUGACAAUUGGUAAAAUGAAGUGAAAUGCCUUCUGGCAGAUAGUAAUGCAGUGAAAAUAAAUUCUCAUUAAAGUGUUUCCCCUUACCCAGUGGUUUGGGAAUGCGACACACACUUUGAGGAAGGCAUCAUAACACUUAGGCUGUUCUCCAUUUUAGGACCACAUUUUUGUGUUGGAUUGCAAACUGCUUUUCCAACAGGGCUCUCAUGAUUUAAGUGUAAAAUGACAGGCAAAAAAGAUGGUGCAUCUUUCCUCAGUGCAGCAUCUUCCUGCUGGGAAAAGUUUGCUUGUUGAUCUUUUACGUGUCCUACAGUUGUUAAGGCACAAGAACCUAGCCAGAAAAAAAUCUAACCAAAUUCUACUAAUUCUAACCAAAAUGCUGUUGCAGCACAUCCUCCUCAAAGUAAUAUUGCAGUAAAAUUCUGUCUUACGUGAUUCAGUUUUUUCACCAGCCUGACAGUGACUUACCACACCUAACUGAUAUUAGAGAUUACUUCUAGCGUUAAUUUUCUGUCCAGGUAGCAGCUACCCUCAUGUUGGUUGUGUGAUGCAAGGUUAAAUUGGAAGUGGAGGAAGAGGCAUAUGUAAAAGUAGCAUGCAUAAGUUACUUAAUUUUAUUCUAGUAUUCUUGUUUGGUGGUUUAGACUGGUACACGUUCACUGCAGGUAUUGUCACAGUUCCUUUCUGGUUCAUUGCUGGUACUCAUGCUGAAUACAUGUACCUGGAUUCUUACUGGAAGUUCCUUAACAUUGCAUUUGGAAAUAGGUUCCCUCUUGUGGCCAUUAUGCAUGUCAGUUUCCUGUUCUCAUUACAUAAUUAUUCAGUUACAGCAUUUUGUGAAUUCUGCUAAUGGAUCAAGAGCUCCUGGGAUAUGUCUAAUAAUAAUGGGAUUACAAUGGAAUUAUACAUAUGAACAAACACUAUGCCUAAUAUUACCAGGUGAGAGGGGCAUGAUUCCUAGAAUGCAUGCUCAUGUCAAACACUGAAUUCUUUCUGUUAGCUUUUACUUAACAUUCCUCUACAGUGUUUCCUGAUAUUUUUCAAUUGGUUUUACACUAAAAACAAACAGAUAUAAACUUAUUUAUUAAUUUCAGGUGUGUGUGUAUGUGUGCUACUUUUACUUUUACUAAUAGUAUCCGUGGCUGAUCUGGGUUUAAAGCAAAGCAUUGCUCGUGAGUGUAAUUGGUAAACUUUCUGGGUUGUGUUGAAUAAAAUAUUUUCCGGACAGAUUAGUUUUCUUUGGAUUUUUAUUUAUUGUUAUCUAUCUGUAAUGGUAAACACAAAAUAUUAUGACCUCCAAAUAUUUGCAUCGUGUAAACAUUGUGAAUCAACCUUCACAAAUAUGCAAUGCAUACUAUAUUGUUUCAUCAAUAAAGUUAAUCAGUGUUUCUGC